GGCUUAAUAUAUAUAAUUAGAUUCAAAAUGAAAUAAAAUAUAAUUAAUUACGAGGAGAUGGAAACACACAAACAGUUUGAGGAGAGAACACAGAGGGAAAUGAUGAUGAAUUGUACUUUUUUGGUUUCUGGGUUAGUUGACAGACAUUCUCUCUCACUCUCUCUCUCUCUCUUUCUCUCUCUCUCCCUCUGUGUGUAUUAAAAUGUAGUUUUAAUUUAAGAUAAAUUAAGGGGAGAGGGAAGUAUGUGUGUGUGUGUACUUUUAUGAUUAGUUAUAUGUGUGUGUGUGAGUUGAUGGGGAAUAAUAAUGGGGGGGUUGGAGAUAUAAGAGGUGUAGAAGAGAGUAGUAGUAGUAGUAAUGAGGAAGUGGAGGAGAGGGGGUUUAUAUAUAUAAAUGGGCAACAUUUAUAUUAUCAGAAGAUGGGAAAGACGUUGACGACUACUACUACUACCACUAAACAUGAACUUAAAAUCAUGAGUAGUAACAGUCAUAGUAAUAGUAGCAGCAAUAAUAGUAACCUUAGUGGUACAAUCCCAGGAUUCUUUCGCCGCCUUUUACCUCUCCAUGCCCUUCCUCAUGGUCUCCCUCCACAACAGAUGAAAGAGGAGUUAAAAUCCCUGGCGAGAUUUGCAGGUCCCAUAAUAAUGACGUCUUUUCUAAUAUACUCAAGGUCGGUUGUUUCAAUGCUGUUCUUAGGUCAUCUGGGAAAAGCAGAACUAGCUGGUGGUUCAUUGGCACUUGGGUUCGGAAACAUUACAGGGAUAUCAAUUCUUAGGGGACUAUCCACUGGAAUGGAUCCAAUUUGCUGUCAAGCUUUUGGUGCAAAGAGAUGGUCAGUUCUGAGUCAAACCUUCCUCAAAACACUAUGCCUACUCCUACUUGUUUCCAUACCAAUCUCCAUCUUAUGGCUAAAUAUGGAACCCAUCCUUCUUUGGUUGGGUCAGGACCCUGCAAUCACACAGGUAGCUAAGGUCUACAUGGUUUUCUCCAUCCCUGAAUUGUUAGCUCAAGCCCACCAUCUCCCACUAAGGAUUUUCUUAAGAACCCAAGGCAUUACCACUCCUAUUACUGUGGCUUCCGUUGCCUCCGCCCUUUUACAUCCACUUAUUAAUUACUUUCUUGUCACUUAUUUGAAAUUGGGUGUUGAAGGUGUCGCCCUCUCACUUGCAUGGAACACCUUAAACCUUAAUGUUGGACUCAUGAUUUACCUUGCACUCUCUAGUAAGCCCUUGAAACCUUGGCAUGGCGUUACAAUACCCUCCACUUUCCAAGGAUGGCAACCUUUGUUAAGUUUAGCAAUCCCAAGCGCAGUUUCGGUUUGCUUGGAGUGGUGGUGGUAUGAGAUUAUGUUGUUCCUUUGUGGACUAUUGAAUAACCCACAAAACACUGUUGCAGCCAUGGGUAUCCUCAUCCAAACAACUGGAAUGUUGUACAUAGUUCCAUUCUCAUUAAGCGCUGGAAUUACAACCCGCAUUGGCCACGCCCUAGGUGCAGGGGAACCCAUUCGUGCUCAAUGGACUGCCAUCAUUGGACUUUCUACCGGAUUUGCGUUUGGGCUAACUGCCUUUCUUUUCAUGACAUCCGUCAGAUCAGUAUGGGGUAAAUUGUACACAGACGAGCCAGAGAUUCUUCGCAUGAUCUCCUCUGCAUUACCAAUAUUGGGUUUGUGUGAAAUUAGCAACUCUCCACAAACUGUGGCUUGUGGGGUCUUAACAGGGACAGCAAGGCCAAAGCUAGGGGCAAGAAUAAAUCUGUAUGCAUUCUACUUCAUUGGCCUCCCCGUUGCGGUGCUGGCUACUUUCACCCUGAAAACCGGCUUUUUGGGACUGUGGUUUGGACUAAUGACUGCACAGAUAUCGUGUUUGUGUAUGUUGGUGCGUACAUUACUUCGAACAGAUUGGAUACAACAAAGUGUUAGGGCCGUGGAGUUGGCUGCGGCGGUGGGAGAAGAGACUGCUAAAGAAGAGGAGGAUGUUGAAACUGGGGCUCUCAUCGAUGAUAAUGCAGAUGAUGAUCAUCUCUAGCCUAAGAAGCGAAUGAUAAUAAUUAUUUUCCAAUGGCUAGGGAGGUUGGAAUGGGAGGAAUGCAAAAUUAUUUAUAUUAAUGACACAAGUAGUGAUAUAGAAUGUUCAAACAAA